AUGUCCGACCCGGCCAGCAGCAACACCCUGGACCCAUCAGCCUCCGCUCCGAAGAAGAGAACUCGUGUCCAGUUCUCGUGCACGGCCUGUAGAUACCGAAACCCGACCUUGGUCCAGGACCGAUUGCAGCAUCUAGAGAAUCUAGUAAUGUCGCUAGCACAGAAGAACAGAUCGGGCGAGCCGGUAGAUAUCAACUUUAAUGAAUCGCUCAACGAUGAAGACGGCGGAUAUGCCACGCCUUCCCCGAGUUCCGAGCGGGAGACCAAGUCGCCACCGCUCGAUGCGCCGGGCAAAUUGGUGGUGAAGAAUGAGGAGAUCAGUUAUAUUGACAGUGCUAAUUGGCGCGCCAUUCUGGAAGAGAUCAACGGCGUCAAGGAGUAUCUCGAUGAGAAUGGAGAACACUCCGACGACGAAGGGGUCGAGGAUGACCCGUACGAUAACUCGUCGCCUGCUCUGCUACUGAGCAUGGGCCGGCCGGUGAGCAUAGAGGAAUUACUGAUUGAUAUUCCCGCGCAGUCGGUCGUCGAUCGGCUGGUCUCUCGCUUCCUCAAGACGUCGGAUCCAUCAUUAGCACCGCACGAGGUCUCCUUCACCUGGCUGGCCCUGCUAUAUGCCAUCAUGACUCUUUCGGUAUCUCUGUACCACCGCAGUGAAGAACCGCUCCCGGUGGCCAUGGCCGACGCUAUGUUGACGUGGAAUAUAUUCCGGAAGCGCGGGGCUCAGUGUCUGGUCCAGGCGAACUACCUGAUUCCUGGCCGGUACAAGACCGAGGCACUUUUCCUCUACUCCCUGGGAGAGUUCUACCGGAGCCAAGAUGCGCAGAUUGGGGUUUCGUACCUGCUUGGGAUUACAAUCAAAUUAGCCAUGCGCAUGGGCUACCACCGUGAUCCGCGUCACUACACGAGCCUUACCGCCCUAGAAGGCGAAAUGCGACGUCGGCACUGGGCCUUGCUCUGUCAGUUUGAUACUCUGAUCUCGUUCCAAGUCGGACUUCCACGCACCAUCCAACCUUGGCAUUACGACACGGAGCUGCCAUCCAACCUUAUGGACACCGACUUUGACGAGACGACCGCCCAACUCCCACCCCCUCGCCCGGAAGGGGAGCGGACGAUGGCUUCUUACACUCGAUGCAAAUCGCGUAUCAUGAGGGUUUUUGGGCAAAUCACCGAUCUGGCAUAUUCACGAGACCAUAUGACGUACGAAGAAGCUCUUGAGAUCGAUCGCCGCUUGGAGGAGGCGCACGACAUGCUGCCGCAAUAUUUCCAGAUCCGGCCCAUGGCCCAGUGCAUUGCAGACCCCGCCGAGCUGAUCAUGCGCCGAUACACCUUGGAACUGCUCUAUCAAAAGUCCCGCGUUGUGCUACAUCGCCGAUAUAUGGCCGAGGCCCCCAGAAACCAGCGAUACUCGUACUCGCAAGGAGUCUGCCUUGCUGCCGCGACAGAAACUCUCCGACACCACGCAGAAAUAUGGAAUGAAUCCAUGCCGGGCGGCCAGUUGUACCACGAGCGGCAGUUUAUAAACUCCUUUCAAAACACUGACUUCCUCCUGUCUGCCAUGAUUCUGUGCCUGGAGCUCUCUCGAGACGGUGAGCGUGGUGAUGGCCGUACCCUGAACCAGCGUCAACGCACGGAUCUCUUGGUUCUUCUCGAGACCACGCAACGCAUCUUUAAGGAGUCGCGCCGGCGGUCCAAUGAUAUGCAGCGUGCGUUUGUCGCUUUAACGAUCAUGCUGGACCGCGUGAAGAGUGGUGCUAGGGGCAGCAUUGUGCAAAAUACGGACGAGAAGCCGGUCAUGCCGAUGGAUGGUAAGUUUCUUUUUUCCUUUCUUCUGUUGUAG